GUCGUGAAGCGAGAAAAAGAGAGAGAGAGAGAGAGAGAGAGAGAGAGAUAAGAAGAAAGAGAUAGGAGACACUGGGUGCUAAGAAGAGAGAAAGAAAGAGCACGCAUAACAUACGGUCCAUAAGCGUGUAGUCCUGCGAGGAGGAAAAGGAGGAGGAAGCAACGGCACAGCAGCAAUAGUAGUAGUAGUAGUAGUAGUAGUAGAGUAGUAGUGUAGUAAUAGUAGUAGGAAUAGUAAUAGUAGUACAGUAAUCAUAGUAGUAAUAGUAAUAAUAGUAACAGUAAUAGUAAUAGAGUAGAAAUAGUAGUAGGAAUAGUGAUAGUAAUAGUAAUAGUAAUAAUAGUAAUAGUAGUAGUAAUAGUAGCAGGAGCAGUAGCAGUAGCAGUAGCAACAAAAGCAGCGACAGAAGCAGAAGUAACGAAGAAGAAGAAGAAGAAGAAGGAAAAGAAGUCCGAGAGCGUUACCUCCCGGAGGCGCGGCGCCGACGACGUUUGCGACUAUAAGAGAAGAAGAAGUAAAAGGAAAAAGGAGACAGCUAAGGAUAGCAUCGUUAAAAGGAAGAUAAAGAACCCUUUGGUGCGUGCCCUUGUCAUAAAGUUACCCUUUUCCAAUUGGACGGGAGCCUCCGAUCGAAGAGGGAGUUUUACGAGCGUUGAACGAUUGGACGACGUACCCUCUAUUAAGGCGAAGAAGUCUUCCUCGGGAUAAUAAGAGGUGGAGGAAGAAGAAGAAGAAGAAGAAGAGGAAAAAGAAGAAAAGUAAAAAGAGGAGGAUAAAGUAGUGCUUUGAGGUAGUCCUGUUGUUCUUGUUCGUCGUCUUCCUUUUUCCCCUACUUCCUUUCCUUCCUCUUUUGCUUCCUUCCUUCCUUCCGUCCUUUCCUCCUUCUUACCUUUUUACCUUCUUACCUUCUUUCCUUUCUUUCCUUUUCUUUCUUUCUUCCCGCACUAAGUUUCGCGACAGUUCAACAAAGUCGUUCGUACCGCACGCGCGCGUCCCGUCCUCGGUGUCCCGCGAAGAAGAUAGAUAUACGUAUAUCAUGUCGGGGCUGCUUUACACGCUCCUCGGACUCGCCGCGAGUACGAGCCUCCACUGUGCCGUGAGGCGCGAAAUCAGUCCGUGCACCUGCCGACAAGAGGAGUUCUCCAGUCCCGUUAUCAAUCCGGCUCAGGCCACGGCCAAUGCCGGCAACAAUGCUCCUCCGGCGCAUCCUCCUCCCCAUCACGGAGGACACGGGGAACGCAUCGAGGUCGUCUGCGAACGUAUGGACUCUUUCGGGCAACUAGCCGAUGCCCUUAGAGGGAAGUUUACCGCUGAACAACAAAUCAUCCUAAGAGUUUCUCAUUCCAAUCUCAGGGAUAUAUCACGGCACGAUUUCAAGGAGCUCAGGAUGUCCAUAACCAGGCUGGAACUCAAUCACGAUCAUCUCGAGGUCGUCGAUGGCGAUGUUUUCGCCGGUUUGGGACGGACACAAUAUUUGAGUCUUGCUGAUAACGAUGUUCCAGCGAUACCGAGACACAUUUUAUCGCAUCUUUCGUUACUGAGGACUCUGGAUCUUAGUAGAAAUCGUAUUAGUCGUAUCGAUCUCGAUGACUUUAAGUAUAAUCCGACGUUGCAGCAUUUGUCGAUGGCAGGAAACGUGAUCUCCGAGAUGGUGCCAGGUUCGUUGCCACCGUUGGUGAAGCAUCUUCACGUAGGCCGAAACCGGCUUCACACCUUGAAUCGUACUUUACGGGAUCUGAAUCAGCUCGAAUGGUUGCUCGUAAAUUCGAACGAGCUCACAUCGUUGGACGGCGAAUUACCGUCCUCGGGGCACAAUUUAAAAAUGCUCUACGCCGUGGACAACAAGCUGACUCAUCUACCGAUGGAGUUUCGAUACCUUCAUCGUUUGGAAUCUCUUUUCCUUCAACACAAUAAGAUUCGUAGCUUGAACGGAGCUUUGCAAAAGGCACGGCGUCUCAAGUUCCUCGAGCUUUCAUACAACGAUUUGCAGGAGCUGAACGAAGAGGACUUCGUAGAAGUUGAGAUGCUGGAAGAUCUCGAGCUUGGACACAACUCUUUGAAAUCUCUUGGUGGCACUAAUGAAGAUGGAAGCGGGGCCAAUAGUGCCCUUUACCCUCUCAGGUCUCUCAAAUGCCUGAACUUGACGCACAACGAGCUACGAGAGUUCUCAUUCGCUUCUUUGCGUGGUUUGCGUGAGCUACGAAUGCUCGAUCUCUCUGAUAAUAGAAUAGCUCGGUUACGUAGAGGAAGAACACCAUCGGAGAAUUUAGUCGAAGAGGAAGGUGACGAGAUGGUAGGUGGUAAUAUUCAGGACAUACGACUACAAUAUAACGAGCUUAAAAGUUUAGAAGGUUCUCUAUUCGUCGGUAUGAAGGAACUUCAAAAACUCAAUCUCAGUCACAAUGCGUUAGGUCCAAUGAUCGCUCUUCGUGAUCUUCGUGGACUCGAUCGUCUUCGUGUUCUCGAUCUAUCUUAUAAUGAGUUCAUCACGCUCGAAGACACUUCCGAGACGUGGCUGCCCGCAUUGGAAGAAUUAAAUGCUUCGCAUAAUCGUUUGAUUACGCUCUCUGGCCGAGAUUUCCGCGGUUUUCCUGUACUCUGUUGGGCAGACGUCAGCGCGAAUCGGAUACGAACGCUGAUGCCGGAAUUAGUUGCGAAUACUCGUUGCACCAUUCACGGUGUCCCAGAUGUUCUUCGUAUAUACCUUCAAGACAAUCCGGUACUGUGCGACGCGGGUCUAGCCGAUCUAACGGUUGCCCUCGAGGUGAAUCAUGCAAAGGUUUACGGAGUGGGGAAUAAUUGUCCAACAACGACACCUUCAACGCCGAUCGAAUCAACGUCAUCUUUACCACCCUUACCACCAACGCUUUUGUUGGCUGCUGCUGCGGCAGCUUCGGGGGGUAACGUUUCCUUUGCCGCGACCCUCGAAUAAUAUUUCUCGAUGAGAGGGCUAAACUUGGUCGACCCGGAGUAAGUCAAUAAAAAGAAGCGAGUUCGUCGCCUCGAAGGAGUUACUCGGUGUGCUUCUUCCGUACCUGGAAGACACGAAGGAAAGUGUCUCAAGUUCGUUCGGAACGAUAGAACGAACAGAAUAAUUUCGCGUAUCGUCGAAAUGAUUCAAGAUCCAUUCUGGUUAGUCAACUCGAUAUACACCUAAAGACGAACGGAGAUUUCGUCUUGGCUACCGAUAUUAUCUACUUGUUAGCUCGAGGAAAAAAUCGACGAAAUUAAGUGUCCUUUCGACAUAUAUGUAUAUAUGUACGCGACUAAGAUCGGUGAGAUUUCCUUUUUGGAUGCAAACUUAUUUUCGAAGGUAUGCAUAUCGUAAUACGAUGAUAAUAUCUGUAAUAUAACGUCGUCCAGUUGACGAGAGAAAAUUGCUUCUUGUAUACUGUUCUAAUGUAUAUAACCUUGAAGCUUUUUGUUAAUCGAUAGAUGAACGCUUUUGAAAGACGCUGUUAUAUGUCACCGAUUAUAGUAGGAACAGUCGCGAAUCACGUACGAGUCCGUUAAUAGAGAAUUUUAUCGUUUUAAUGGACAUAUUUAUUUUUUUUUUGUGUUUUUUUUUUAAUAUACCGUCCGGCUGGUAAUUUCGAAAUUAUCGAUCCUUUAUUUUUCUUAUUACGUAUGCAAAAUAUAAGCCGAUGAAAGAUCGUGGUUUUAUAGAGAUAAAAAUAAACGAUUAAUGGUCGUUAGUCUCGGUUGAACGAUAGACAACGUUAUUGUAUGCAAUGUAAAUAACUUCUUUAAUACAUGUAUACUUCUUAGUUGUGUUGUAAUAACGAACGCAUUUUUUCGUUAUAAUAGAUUUACGUUAUCGUUUCGUCGUUAAUCGAAGUUAUAACUUCAUUCUAAAAAUUCCAUAAUCGAAAAAGAACAUGCGUUACCAACGAUAAAUAUUAACGAACGUGGCACAAAACUCGAUAACUACAUUGACGAGCACAGCUAAAUUCUAUUUAACAGACACUUCAACGAUUCAUUAUAAUUGUAUACAUUUUGACGUAUUUAUAUGAAUAGCUCGUUCACCCAAUAGUAAAUUCAUUCAAGAUAAGUUAGAAAGGAAAAUUGUGAGAGAAUAGAUGUUAAUGACCAACGAUCGAAUAACUUGAUUAGACGAUAUACAUAAUAGAUUUUCGAGGAAACACAAAAUCUAUAUCAAUAGUCCCUGCUCGAAUCUCAAAGUUAUCAGAUCGUUAGUUAGUAUUGUAUUAAUAAUGCACCACGUACGAUGUGAUUACCUAGCGUGUUACUUCGAAAUUAAUCUUCCAACGAGCCGGCUUACGAUAAUUCUCUUGCAAUCGCAAAUCAUGCAAUUCGUUUGGAUUUUUUUUUUUUUUUUAUGAAAAUAUCUCUUGUCAACUUUCGAUUUGAUUUAUGGUUUGAAUCGUGUCGCCUGCUAGGUUUUAAUCGUAUCACACAUGGUCAUGGUACCGUGCAAAUACGGCUGUCAUUCUACGUCGAUUCCCAUCGACCAGACUUCGAUCCAUAAUUAAUUUCUUCGAUAGCCGAGCAAACGAUUGGCCCACGGGUCAAUGGAGCAAAUGAAAUCUGUUAGCUUACGCUCUACUCAAGAUAUAGGCUGAUUGGCAGUGGGCGAUCAAUUGACCCCCUCGUUAACUAGUGCCAAUAGGGAUGAAUUGUUAUAAGCUCGUCUCUAUGCAUACAUGAUACAUUGGCCCUUUCUUGAGUAACGUGGUUUCUUGAAUCGCGAUAAGAUUUUUUUUUUACGCGUUAUCGAUACUCGAUCGGCACUCUUCGAAUAAAUUUAAUGAUUCGUAAAAAAAUUAAUAUUUCAUCUAAAGUUGCUUAUACGACAUUGCAAUCGUAUCCUUUAACAGAGUCAUUUAAUAUAGUUUGCCCCAGCCCCGUACGCCUUGAAAUUUAACUCUCAUCUAUUAUUAUUACCUAGUAGUAUUUCUAGAACAGAAAUUGUGAUUAAGGAAAACACAGAGAAGUCAUAAAGUAGCUUUCAGCAUAAACGUCUAUGUAGAAAACAGCCGUUAGCGCCGACUGCUAGCUAAAUUAGCUAGAACUCAAAAUCGAGAUAAUUUAAUUGCUAAGUAUUUUAAAUUAAUGAAUUUUAUGGGUGCUACGUAAGAUAUAGGAAAAUGUAUGAUUUUAAUUUACCAUAGAUUUUAUUUCAAUGCGAAGAAUAUUUGUAGAUGAGAAACCUAAUUCUUUUCUAAUUAUCUACGUGCGCACGAAUCUUUAUCCACUUGUAUAAAUAACUAGUACAGCACCCAUAAUACGGAUGUAAAACUUGACUAUAAUGUAGGUGCCAUAUAUAAAUAUACAAAAGACAAAGCAGA